AGCCUCACGGCGGCAGCAGCGGCGGCGGCGGCGGCGGCGGCAGCAGCAGCGGCAGCAGCAGCAACAGGCGGCGGGCCCGGCUCGGGGGCGGAGGCGGCGGAGGGGCGGGGAGCGCGAGGAGGAGCGACGCGGCCCGCGCCGCCGCCUCUUCCCGCCGCAUGGACGAGCACCUCAGCCUGCUGCGCUCACCGCCGCCGCCCUCCGCCCGCCACCGCGCCCACCCUCCCCAGAGCCCUGCGAGCGGCGGCGGCGGCGGCGCCCACACCCUGGUGAACCCCGGCUACGCCGAGCCCGCCGCAGGCCCCGCGCUGCCGCCCGACAUGACGGUGGUGCCCGGGGACCACCUGCUGGAGCCGGAGGCGGCCGACGGCGGCGGGGGCCCGCCGCAGGGCGGCUGCGGCGGCGGCGGAGGCUGCGACCGCGACCGCUACGAGCCGCUGCCGCCCGCGCUGCCGGCCGCCGGCGAGCAGGACUGCUGCGGGGAGCGCGUGGUGAUCAACAUCUCCGGGCUGCGCUUCGAGACGCAGCUCAAGACCCUCUGCCAGUUCCCGGAGACGCUGCUGGGCGACCCCAAGCGGCGCAUGAGGUACUUCGACCCGCUCCGCAACGAGUACUUCUUCGACCGCAACCGGCCCAGCUUCGACGCCAUCCUCUACUACUACCAGUCGGGCGGCCGCAUCCGCCGGCCGGUCAACGUGCCCAUCGACAUCUUCUCCGAGGAGAUCCGCUUCUACCAGCUGGGCGAGGAGGCCAUGGAGAAGUUCCGCGAGGACGAGGGCUUCCUGCGGGAGGAGGAGCGGCCCCUGCCCCGCCACGACUUCCAGCGCCAGGUGUGGCUGCUCUUCGAGUACCCCGAGAGCUCCGGGCCGGCGCGGGGCAUCGCCAUCGUGUCCGUGCUCGUCAUCCUCAUCUCCAUUGUCAUCUUCUGCCUGGAGACGCUGCCCGAGUUCCGCGACGAGAAGGACUACCCCGCCGCGUCGUCGCAGGAGCAGUUCGAGGCGGCCGGCAACAGCACGUCGGGGGCGCCCGCCGGAGCCUCCAGCUUCUCGGAUCCUUUCUUCGUGGUGGAGACCCUGUGCAUCAUCUGGUUCUCCUUUGAGCUGCUGGUGCGGUUCUUCGCUUGCCCCAGCAAAGCCACCUUCUCGCGAAACAUCAUGAACCUGAUAGACAUCGUGGCCAUCAUCCCUUAUUUCAUCACUCUGGGCACCGAGCUGGCUGAGCGACAGGGCAAUGGACAGCAAGCCAUGUCCCUGGCCAUCCUGAGGGUCAUCCGGCUGGUGCGCGUCUUCCGCAUCUUCAAGCUCUCCCGGCACUCCAAGGGGCUGCAGAUCCUGGGCCAGACGCUGAAGGCUUCCAUGCGGGAGCUGGGCUUGCUCAUCUUUUUCCUCUUCAUCGGGGUCAUCCUUUUCUCCAGCGCGGUCUACUUUGCCGAGGCAGACGACCCCACUUCAGGUUUUAGCAGUAUCCCGGAUGCCUUCUGGUGGGCAGUGGUAACCAUGACAACAGUAGGUUACGGUGACAUGCACCCGGUGACCAUAGGGGGCAAGAUUGUGGGGUCGCUCUGUGCCAUCGCUGGUGUCUUGACCAUUGCUUUGCCAGUCCCUGUGAUUGUUUCCAACUUCAAUUACUUCUACCACCGGGAGACAGAAGGGGAAGAACAAGCCCAGUACAUGCACGUGGGAAGUUGCCAGCACCUCUCCUCGUCGGCGGAGGAGCUCCGAAAAGCAAGGAGUAACUCGACUCUGAGUAAGUCGGAGUAUAUGGUGAUCGAAGAGGGGGGCAUGAACCAUAGCACUUUCCCCCAGACCCCUUUCAAAACGGGCAAUUCCACUGCCCCCUGCACCACGAACAAUAAUCCCAACUCCUGUGUCAACAUCAAAAAGAUAUUUACUGACGUUUAAUAUAUGAUACAAGUGACAUGCUGUGCUCAGUAUUGUGUGGAACGUGCCCCCUUGGUCUGUGUAUGCCCUUGUUUUAUACAUUUCCAGACCAUUCAUCAAGGAAAGGACAUGGAGAAGUGGAAAGCACACUUCAUUUUCCCUCUCCCUACUGCUUCAUACUGAAACAGGUGUCUGUUUUGCAAGUGGGCUGCAUUCUCUCAGCUCUCCAUUGUUUUCUCCCCCUCUCUCUAAUAUUGCAAAGAACAAACUUACUUUAAACUUGAUUUCUAGUACACACCCUCUAAAACAAACAAACAAACAAAAAGCAGCUAUACAUCCUGGGAGGAAAUGAAAUUAAAGAACAGUUAGAGUAACCGCCUAACCUCAGAAUUAAAAGACACUUGUUUCUUUACUAAGUAAAGCUGCCACGUACUUAAAGGAUGCUUCAGUGUGAUGGACUGUUCAACAUUAUUGAGUAUUUAGUUCAAUUGCCUACGCUGUGGAUGUGUGGAUGAGAAGUCUGAUUAGAAAAAUGACUUGUAAACCCACCGUGAGUUUCUUUGGUUUUUGACUGGGAUUUCUUCUAUUCGGAACCCCUCCCGGAAUUUUAAAGAUAUAUACAACUUUGAACGAAGGGAAAUGCCUGAGAUGUCCUGAUCUGACUAAUCGGUUGCAACUCUUUGGGGCUUGUUGAGCAUUUCGAAAGGGGUAGACUAACAGAUUCCUCUGAACUUCUGUGUGUGUGUUCCAAGCAACAUCUACCAAAGUGUAGAAACAGAUGUUUUCAGCGCUGCUGAGAGAAACAAACAAAAUUCCUAACGCGUCUGCGAGAUAAGCUUCUGCAGUAUCACAAGAAGAUUAAAGUGGCAGACACUCCUUCCAGCGGAAGUUACUAAUUCGGACCUGACUGAUGCAGUUCCCAUAGCAACCCAUGUUUCCUGGGAAACCCGAAAAAGGUUGUCAUGGCAUCUCUUGCUCUGUAGCCCCACCCCCUAGCCCCUGCCGUUUCCACAGUAACCUUUCCAGAUGGUUCCUACUUACAGGAUGUCGGAAGGAAAACCACUGUUUGAAUAAACCGCACAAAUAAAGUUAUGUCUGAGAAUCUGAGGGUGGUGAAAUGAAUCACAAAAUGCGUUAUUUUUUUACUACAGAAAAUCAUUGAUAUCAUCUCAUAAUGAUUGAAUCGAGAAGGAAAAUAUUGCCUUUGGAAUGUUAGAUAUACACCACGAUGAGGCAUGAUUUGAAUUCAAUGCCAACCAUUAGGCAAUAAUUCAAAAGGAUGCUGUUUUCUUCCUCCAGGAAGUUUCAAGCCAACAGAUGAAAUUUAAAAGCAAAUGUAAAAGCGUUCUGUACAUAAGCAUAUGAAAGAGCCAAUCAGUGUACCUGAAACCUUACUGCAAGGGACCUUGAGACUUCCUCUUAAAAAAAAAAAAAAACCUCCAGAUCCCACAAGAGCACUUGAAAAGCUAAGUAAACUUUAAAAACAUAAAGGAUGCACGCUUUUUAACUGAGGGAAUUGCAGACAAUCAAUAAAAAAAAAGACGGAUGGGAAGUAACCAAAUCUUGGGGAAAUACCUGCAAGUUUCAGCCACACACCAGGGUAGCCAGAAGACACACAGAGAAUCAGAUACCUGAAGAGUCCCACAUAGAGAACUGUAUUGCUGCACGGACCAGUAGGAUCCUCAUUUUUAAAUUGCCUACAUCAAGAACGCUGUGUUGGUCCUGUCGCUGAUGGGCAGUGAUCUGUCUGCCAGUGCAUAUUUUUGUUUCAGUUGACAUUAAAUAACAUGUCUCUAAUAAAUGCUUUAUAUAAAGGAAACAGCUCUAAAGCUGGAGGAUUCUCUUCGAAUUGUGUGCAAUAUUAAAGAUAGUGAUAGAUGAAGAAGAACAUUCGAAAAUAUUAAGGGAUCAUUUCAACCUUUUGACAUUUUGGUGAAAUUGAAUCACUCAAAAACUAGUCAGUACUGCUGAUAAAGAAAACCUAAAUGUUUGUUUCCAACAAGCCAACUGGUACUGUUUUCUUCUUUCAGUUAAUCACUGGACUGUGUUGAAUCAUGAGAUAUAGUAAUGUUAUCUUCUGUGUUCUGGCUUAUGUGCAACCUUAUUUGUGAAGGCGUGUUUUGUACCAAAGGCUCUCCUACGUAGAUUGGCCCAUUUACACAUAAAUAAGUGAAAUCUACACUGUGCCCAGAUGAAUGGUGUUCAAGACAGACUGGCCUAAAAGAAAUGUGCCUUGCUUGAUUCAACAUCCUUUUAUUUUUUUGACUCAAAAUGAUAGAUUUGCAAAUUUGUCUCGUAGGUAGGUUUUAGCUGAGCAUAAAUUUAAAAGUAUGUUAGUACUUAUGUUUAAGUUGUCUAUUUUAGCUAAAAUUUUGAUAUUUGGUUAUAGUUCUCAGCAGUUCAUAGAUAUUAUAAUCACUCAGUUUAGUUUUUGUAUGAUGUUUGGUGUGGUGAGACAAAGCACAUUCUUAAAGAUAUAAUAUUUCAUCUAAUGUAUAGAAUUUCCUUCAAAAUUGUACAUGUAAAAGGUUUCUUGACUCAUCCUCUAUUUUUAUAAGUUAUUCCUUUAGAAACGGAACUUUUUUCAAUAAAAUAAGCAAAGUUUUAGUUGGAAAAGAGAUUUAGGAGGUCAUGAAGAUGAUUUCCCUUUGGGGGACAUUUCACUUCUGUGCCAUUAUUAAUGUAUUUACUGUGACAUUUCAGCAGAAUGGUAGCUAUUUGUAUAUUAUUUAAUAAGCCUUAUGGAAAGUCAAACUGUGAACAUUUGGUAUAAUGAAGACUUUUUUUCACUUUCAUAUUUUAUUUUUGAAACAUACCUGAGGAACUGCGUAAAUAACCAAUUUCCUGUUACUCAAAUGCAUAGCGACGCUGUUCUAAUAAGAGUGCUUGUAGAAUUUUAAUGAUAUCAAAAUAUUUCAGUAGCAAAGCCAAGAUUAUAAUACUUUUUGAUGCCAUGUAAAAGGAAAUACAGGUGAUGAGUUUCAUUGUUAAUAUCUAAGAAUCGAUAACUAAACAAUCUUAUACCUGUUAGCAGCAAAGGAUGUAGGAGAUAAAAUCCAGGUGAUUUUCUUUGAGUCAAUGCCUACAAUGAAUUUUGCACAAUCUGCUGAUAAUUCUUCUGUGGUCAAAAUUUUGAGACCAGAUCACUCUCGGGAAAAGUGAAGUAAGUGACUGAUAAGUAUCUCAGAUUUGAGCUAUGUGAACCUCCCAACUGAAUGAUUUGUAAUUAAAGUGAAAACAUAGCCAAAGCCA